GGUGCAAGAUGGGAAAGCAGCUGGGAGGACGCGCGAGUACAUAGGCUUUUUAAAGACGCACGGGCUGAGCUCGGUGCCAUUGCGCACAACUUCUUGCUGCAUGCAAACGCACCGCAGCUGAAGUGGAACUGCGGACUGUCCCGAGUGGGAGCAGAGAUGGCGAUGCCGAGCAGUUCUUUCCUUCUUUUUACGCAGUUCUUACUUUAUUUGAAGGUGACGCAUUGCAUGGAGGUCGAUUUCUGCAGACCUGUUCGCCUGAGUCAGAAAAAGCCCGGAGUGUAUUUGCACCGGCGCGCCGAGCAGAUGAAUGAAGAUGAGAUCGUGUUUAGACUUCGUGCAUUCAGAGAGGAUUUUUACCUCCAUCUGUCUCCAGAUUCGAGUUUCCUUGCAGCCAGGAGUGUUUCGCCGCACAUCCACUCCACGGCACCCGACGCCUUUGCAGGCUCUGAAUUCAGGGAAUGCUUCUACUCCGGCGAUGUCAACGGAGAUCCCGACUCCUUUGCCGCGCUGAGCCUGUGCAAAGGCCUGCAGGGGGGAUUCUUCUAUAAUGGCAUGGAAUAUUUUAUUAGCCAGACCGAGGCUGAAGACGCAGGGGCCGCUUCUGUGCGUGGAAACUCCUUUGACAGGACACAUAUCAUCCGCCGCCGCAGACGCACAGCGCACUCAGCUGGAAACUUCACCAGCAGGUGUGGAGUUCCACCUGACACCAACUUCACCGUCUCCCUGGAGAGAUACAAGUACAUGAGAGAAUUGGAGACGGACGGCUUAACCGAGACUGUGCUCAAUUCCUUGGGGAGGUCUAAAAGGUUCGCCGCUGUCCCCAGGUUUGUGGAGGUGCUGGUUGUGGCAGAUGAAUCUAUGGCUAAAUUUCACGGGGAUGGCCUAAAGCAUUACGUUCUGACCCUCAUGUCAGUAGCAGCCAGGCUUUACAAGCACCCCAGCAUCCUCAACUCCAUAAAUGUAGUGGUGGUGGGCUUCAUGGUGAUAAACGACGACGACAAGGGACCGAAGGUUUCCAGUAAUGCUGCUCUGACUCUGCGCAACUUCUGCUCUUGGCAGAAGAAGUUAAAUAAACACAGUGACAAGCACCCUGAGUACUGGGACACAGCCAUUCUGUUCACUAAACAGGAUCUUUGUGGAGCCACAACCUGCGAUACGCUGGGGAUGGCUGAUGUUGGGACCAUGUGCGACCCGAAGAGGAGCUGCUCCGUCAUCGAGGAUGACGGCUUACCCUCUGCCUUCACAACUGCUCAUGAACUUGGCCACGUUUUCAACAUGCCCCACGACAAUGUGAAGGCAUGUGAGGAGGUAUUUGGGAAACUAAAGGACAACCACAUGAUGUCUCCCACACUGAUUCAGAUAGACAGGAUCCGACCCUGGUCUGUGUGCAGUGCAGCCAUCAUUACUGAGUUCCUGGACAGAGGUCACGGAGACUGUCUGCUGGACCAGCCUCAGAAGCAGCUCACACUGCCAGACAACCUGCCCGGCUCCAGCUACAGCCUGCACCGUCAGUGCGAGCUUGCAUUUGGCCCCAGCUCCAAACCCUGCCCCUACAUGCAGCCCUGCUCCAAGCUGUGGUGCACGGGGAAGGCCCGAGGACAGCUGGUCUGCCAAACUCGACAUUUCCCCUGGGCCGAUGGCACAAGCUGUGGCAACGGCAAGGUUUGCUACCAGGGGGCUUGCUCUGAGAAGAACAGCACUGAGCACAUCAAGGUCGAUGGUCGGUGGGGGAAGUGGGGUUCAUUUGGUGACUGUUCCAGGAGUUGUGGAGGCGGAGUUCAGCUGGCCAGAAGAGAGUGCAACAACCCUGUCCCUGAAAACGGAGGCAAAUACUGCUACGGCCUUCGUGUCAAGUACCGUUCCUGUAACCUCAGCCAUUGUCCUGACACAGAUAAAAGCUUCCGCGAGGAGCAGUGCGAGGCCUUCAACGGGUUAAACCUGAACACCAAUCGGCUGGGCUCAUCUGUGGUUUGGGUUCCCAAAUAUUCAGGCAUCUCGCCCAAGGACAAAUGCAAGCUCAUCUGCCGUGCCAAUGGGACCGGGUACUUCUAUGUCCUUGCUCCAAAGGUUGUGGAUGGGACACCCUGUUCCCCGGACACUACGUCUGUGUGCGUUCAGGGAAAAUGCAUCAAGGCAGGCUGUGACGGCAAGCUGGACUCUAACAGGAAGUUUGAUAAGUGUGGCGUGUGUGGUGGAGACAACCAAGGCUGCAAGAAGGUCUCAGGAUUGUUCACCAAGCCAGUCCAUGGCUACAACUUUGUGGUGGUGCUGCCCGUUGGAGCGUCCAACAUUGACAUCCGUCAACGUGGCUACCGAGGAAUGGUCAGCGAUGAAAACUACUUAGCCGUGAAGAACCGCCACGGCAAGUACCUCCUGAACGGCAACUACGUGGUGUCAGCUGUUGAGCGUGACCUGCUGGUGAAGGGCAGCCUGCUGCGCUACAGCGGUACCUCCACAUCUGUGGAGAUCCUUCAGGCCACCAGGCCCCUGGAGGAGCCUCUGACUGUGGAGGUACUCUCUGUAGGGAAGAUGACUCCUCCCAGAGUACGCUACUCCUUCUACAUCGCUAAGGAGAGCAAAGAGGAGAAGACUCUGCGGAAAGAAGAGAAAAGUCGUAAAUCACAGAACAGCGUCUUGGCUGAUAACAACAAAAUUGAGUCUAAGAAGCAGGUGAUGGGGAAGAGACCCGUGAGUCACUGGGUGACAGGUGGAUGGGAUUCGUGCACAGUGACUUGUGGGAGUGGUCUGCAGAAGAGGCUGGUACAGUGCCAGAGUGUGGAUGGACGUCCUGCGGUGGACUGUGAUGGUGCUGACCGGCCCGUGUCAGUAAGAGCAUGCGGGGAUCCGUGUCCCAUGUGGGAUGUGGGGACUUGGUCUCACUGCUCCAAGUCAUGUGGGAGGGGCUUUAAAAGGCGGCCGGUGCGCUGUAUUACUGAGAAUGGCCUGAAUCUGCCCAGAGAGCACUGCUCUGGGAAAAGGAAGCCUCAGGAGUUGGACCUGUGCAAUCUGAAGCAAUGCUAGAGCUGAACAGGCACAGCCUGGGGGGUUACCUUCGACAGUCAAGUGAACCUUAGCCCUAAUCAGCAUGAUAAUGAUUUUUUUGCUGUGUCAGGUGACUGUUACUGUGACUAACGGGGCUACACCAGAGAGGGCAACGUGGUCUAAAGGACAGACAUUUAUUCCCUAAGAGAAAGGAAGGAGACCGCCCCCUCCCAAACUGUCAAACCUACAGUGGUAGGUUUCACUCGUGGUUUGUCUACCUCUUCCAGGAUGGAUGAUGUGAUGCCUGCAUAUACAAAAGACCUUCUAAGACAUGGAGUUUGCAGCAGAGCUGCUUCAUCCUCACAGCUUUAUCCAGACGUGGAAAGACCAUUACUGAAAGAUUCCGUUAUGCACAUAAAGACUUUUAAUUGCUGUUGGAAACGUUCAAAAGACUUGUAAAGACAGCGAUCACACCUAACUUCUUGGUAUACCUGCACAGGGUGAGAUCUCAAAGCAAGGAAAGGAAAGUUUGUAAGAUUCGACCUCAAAAUCAUUACUGUGCUGUGAUGAUGUCUCACCUUUGUGCUGGACUUCUCUCAAUACUGAGGAACUGAUGAAAAUGUGAAACAUGGUACUGUAUAUGUCACAUUCAAGGCCUCCUUGAUCCAUGCAGUUUCUACAAGUUAGUUUUCCUUUAAGUUACUGGUUUGUAUGAUGGGCUGUUGUCUGAUAUGGACAAAUGAAACACAUAAGUCAGCUUUAUAUGUCUCCAAAAAGAAACAGUGUGUUGGCCAGAAUAAUCCCCAGGUCAUUAGUGACUCAUCUGACUCUUUAGGGUUAGCGACGGUUUUUGGUUUCAAUAGCACAGAAACUCAGAAUCUAGAAAGUAUUAGGGUGACAUGGUGGUGUGGUGGAUCCUGAUUGGUUCAAAUGUGGGCUUUGGAUGUGCGUCCUGUGUCUGUGCAGUGGACACACAGGUUAACUGGCGAUUCUAAAUUGACUGUGUGUGUGUGUGUGUGUGUGUGUGUCUGUGUAGUAGCCCUGUCACAGAGUGAAAGGCCGUCCCCCCACCGCUGUGUUCAUUUUGCGUUAAAAGUUUUGCUUUCACUCUGGAUGGCUCACAGGUGACCUGGUGGAUGAUGAGAGGUUAGCUAAAAAUUAAAGAAUUCCUGAAUUAAUGACCAAAGUAUUAGUAAGAGUUUUAAAGUAAGAGAGAAAAAUAAUUUAGAGCUGAGCUGAAAUUAUAUUCUAUACAGUGAAUGUAGUCGAUUAGUAUGAUGCUGUUUCUAAUGUGUGUGUCUGUUGUGCAUAGAGCAACAACAUAUGUUCAGCUGCUUCUUCUAUGUUGCCAAAGACCUGUAAGCUGGUACAAAGCCUCAGCACAGUGAAACACAGCUCUCUGCGGGAGCUGCACAGACACACGGCUCACAGAGUGAUUUUCAUGUCUGUCCUCAACCCGAAGCUGGCUUGGUACCGACAAACCCUAACCUCCAGGAGGCUUUAGAUCAGGUACAAACUUGAAAUGGUGAAUUGAUAAAUUCAUGAACUAAUACACAUGUAACAAUAAUAUUCACCCCACUCACCCUCAGAAAUAGAGUAAAAUUCCAUUUGUGUUCCUUUAUGUAACCCCUACAUGAAUAUACAAACUAGGACUAAAUAGUGGACCUCCAGGUAACUUGUGUAUCUUUUAAAGGGCCAUAAAAGUACAUUUCUUAUACAUGAAAGCAUACAUGGUUCCACUGCUCCUUCCAGAUUUGCAGUACUGGGACACAGUAUGUAAACACAUUCUUUUUCCGAAUGGAAAAAUCAGUAAAACCUUCAAAUCUAAGAUUAAAAUGAUUAUUUUACAGGUUUCAUUAUUUUUUAAAGAUUUAAUGCAUUCUGAUUUCAUCAGAGGGCGAUGGUUGGCCAAAGUUCUUCUGCCUGUUGGCUUUUCUGUAGAUGCACUCAUGUCCUCCCAAUUAGUCAGUAUAAGCAUACACUAAAUAUACACCUAAUUAAUAGGCUGUAGCUCACCUGGUUAAGCAGACAGCCCACAUCAAAAUGUGCCUGUGUUUGAAUCGGCCGCAGACCAUUUUCUGCAGAUUAUUCCCCUCACUUUGUUGCUACAUCCCUCCUGUUAAAAUAAACACUAAAUAUGUCCCAAAAUAAUAGUUACAUGUUUAAAACUAGACUCUCCAUAAAGUACAAACCACAAGGGAACACAAAAGAAACAAUCAGUUGUACCCACUGUACCUUUAAAUGUACAAUAAUGUACUUCAUUUCCUAAGUGAAUUUAGCAUUUUGACUUGUUUACCAGACAAAACUGGCGACGUGAAACCACUGCCUUAUGUUUGUCUGCAUUUUACAGACCAAACAAUAGAAGUUUGUAGUUUGCUUCCUUCCUCAGUAAAGCCUUUAAAGAUUAUUGAAUUGAGUCCAUUAUUGUAAAAGAAAAUCAUGACUGUCUUGCUUUGUUAUCACUACGUCAAAAACAGUUAUGACAGCAAUGUAAUUUUGAAGUAAACUGGACGUCAUCCUCAGCCCAAAUGCCUAAGAAAUGUUUCAGUGACAGACUUUGUGGGAAGAAGCAUUCAAGCUGCUGCUUCCAGUUGCUCUUAGAGGGAUUAGUGAAUUUGAACUCAACAGAAAGGUUAAGUGGUAAAAGCAGCACUCCAGAAAUUCCUCCAAGUCAAAAUGAGACCUGAAUGCACUGUGAGAAUCUCCUGAAAGUGCUUUGUGUAUGAAAAACAAAACGCUUGUGCAACUGCUUAACAACACGGGGCCAAGAAUGUGGAAUAUAACACAAGCAUCUUUCGACAUGGUGUCAAGGUUUCACAUUUUAGGUUGCCUGCAGACACUGACAGAUGGGCCAUGCUGUACAUUUAUCUGUGGAGAUGAUACAUUUCUCUUUAGUCCCCUGGGGAAAUUCAUGGGAUGAAAAUCUAGCAGGAUAAAUAUAUUUCUACUGAGAAUCCACAUCCUCAACUGGAUAUAUUUCUGACACAGAAUGGGAAAGCUCAGAGACGAUGGCAGGACAAUGUAGCACUAAAACUGCAUGCAAAAAAUAAGUCGAGAAUAAGAGAUACAAACUGCAGUUUUUAAUUGACAGUUUCACUAAUUAAGAAAAAAGUUAUCCAAACCUAGCUGUGUGAAAAAUCGCUCUCGUUAAAUCAUGAAUUAACUGUGAUUAACCACAAUCUGUCAUCAGCCAUUAUCCAUGAUUGGAGAAAACCUGGACCAGUGAUCAACCUUCCCAGCAGUGGCCAGCUCACCACAAUUAAGAGUGUGUCAGUGAGUCAUACAGGAGGUCACAAAAGACCCCAGAACAACAUUAAAGAACUGCAGGCCUCAGUUAGCUCGCAGUUCAUGAUUCAACCAUAUAAAAGAGACCAAAGGAGAGUUGAAGGAGAAAACCAUGGGAGACCAAAAAGAACAUAAAGGAUGGUCUCACAUUGUCCAGAAACAUCUUGAUGAUCCCCAAGACUUUGUUUGGACUGACGAGACAAAAAUGUAACUUUUUGGAAAGUUCAAGUCUCAUUAUUUGGUGUCAAACUAACACAGCAUUUGAUAAAAGGAAAAGUCUUGGUGUUGGGAGUGUGUCUGGUCUGCUUUGCCAAAAUUGAUGGAAUCAAGAAAUCUGCUCUCUACCAGAAAAUCCUGAAGGAGAAUGUCCGGCUGUCAGAUGGUCCCUCAAAGUCCACUUGAGUCAAAAUGACCUGAAACACAGGAAGUCAAUGUCUUGACUUGAAUCCGAGUGAGAUGCUGUGGCAUGACCUUAAACAGGAUGUUAAUGCUCGUAAAUUCUCCAGUGUAGCUGAAUUAAAACAAUUCUGAAAGAACUGAAGAGUCGGCCAAAAUUCCUCCACAACAAUGUCAAACACUCUUUGUUAGUUUGUGCAAACACUUGAUUGCAGUUUUUGCUGCCAAGUGUGGCCCAACCAAUAUUUAGGUUUUUACUUUUUCACAAGAGGCCAGGUAGCUUUUGUCCUUGUUGUCCCUUAAUAAAUCACAUCAUUAUUUAAACUGCAUUUUCUAUUUACAGUUAUCUUUGUCUACUAUUAAAUGUGUUUAAUAAUAUAACACAACAUGCAACAGGAAGGGAACAAAUGCUUUUUUUGUUGUUUUUUGCUCAUUUAUUAUAUCUGCCUACAUUUAUAACACAAAACUUUGGACAGUUUCCUCUAGUGUUAAAUUAUAUUCUUUGUGGUUUACAAAAAGAAACAUUUGUUUUCCCGACGAAGCUUAUGGAAACAAACGAAUCACAUGUGCCACCAAGCAGCUCCUGUUGUUUUUCCUCCCUGGUGUUCCAAGUAGCUUUAAUAUGUGUUGUUGAACAGAGAGUUGAUCCAUGGCGUGCUGGUAUGUUUGUACUCGCCAUUAUCCUCGUAAUAUUCACCAGACCACUAGCAAACCAUUUAGGGGUGUUACAGAAGUAUAGUUUGCCUUUCAGAUUAAUUCCUUACAUGCAUUUUGGCAGUUCUUUUAUUACAAAUUGAAAUUUCUGAAUGUUAAAUGUGUGAAAAUUCCAAACAAAGAAGUAGAUACUAAGACGGUAACCCUCUGGAGUCUGAUUGGUUAUUAGUAAUGACCACAGCUCCAACCCAAAUCCCAACCCUAGACAAUGACAAUAUGGAAAUGUUCAUUUUAUUACUUUGGUCUCCCAAGUCUGGCCAAUUAGAUAAGGAGGAAAAUAAUAACCUUAACUGACUCACAUCAAAGACUGUUCACAUCUUUCUUCCAAAACAGCCAGUUUUGUCUUUAAAUUAAAUAUUUAAAACAUAAGAUUAGUCUAAAGUAGUGUUAGAGUUGUCACCUCUGAUUGCUUAGACCGCAGAGGGUUCAGCUGUUGUACUGUGCUCUACUUUGAAUCAUAAAUUCAUGCAUAAUGAUCAAAUGUGCGACACAUUGCAGACCUUGGGUUUUUUGGAAGUUUGCAUUGUCCUUGAUCCACUCUGUCCUUUAACAGAAACCUUUUUUCCAUUUGUUUAGAGGGACCAGUUACACCAUCUAAAAGGUGGUAAUGUAGAGUUAUUUGUAUUAUUCAUGCACAUAUAUUAUUGUUUUAACUGUUGUCCCUUGUAUUGUAUACUAUGUAUACAUUCAUCUAGCUGAAUAAAAUAAAGUAUUGAGAUAUUCA